AUGUUCAUCGAUCAACUCAUCACCGAAUUAACCCAUCACACCAGGGGAGGCGAGGGGCAAUCCCAGCUGGAUACGCUCAAGCCAUUGAUGUUGACUCUGCACUGUCUUUUCCCCAAUGACUUACUCCUGGCACUCGACCUCCUGGACCGCAGACUCGUGCGGCAUUUGGUGCCCACCAUCGAGGAGGAUGUCUCUCCCACAUCAGACCAAGAUAUAUUCCUCGUCAUGUCGGCAUCAACAGUCCCUCCCCCAGGGGUUUCUCUCUCAUCAUCCACCUUCACCCAACAUCAAAAGGGCUACGAAGUGCGCCUGGGCGCCUGGAACUGCACGUGUCCGACAUUUGCGCUCUCUGCAUUUCGAGAAGUCAGACCGACGGCAGAUGCUGAACCCGUGACUCCCGAGAUGGUGCAAGACCAAACCUCGAAGAAUCUCGCGUAUCCAUUUGGGGGCACUCUGACGCGCCCAGUGGCGGAAGGCGCAUUCCCGAUCUGCAAGCAUAUCUUGGCCUGUGUGUUAUUUGCUCGCUGUCCGGGGCUCUUUGCACCUGACGAGGAUGGCCGAUGUGCCGUCUCGAGGGACGAAUUGGCUGGAUGGUGUGCUGGCUGGGGUGGGUGA